CUAUCGCGAAUGCCAACCGCAAAUGUCAUCUGUCAAUGUGAAAUGUUAGGAAAAUACUGAAAAUCGCGGAGGAAAACUCAAAUAUGUUCCAAAUCUGAAAAUGUGUCAUGAAAAGCAAUAAUUAAAUAAUUAUGUAUUAUGCCAAAAAUAAUACUUUCAAGUAAAAAUUACAGAUACGAAUGCUCGUAAACUUUGGCUUGAAAUAAUAAUAACCUCAAAACACAUGUACGGUAUAAGUGUAUUGUUUAGUUGCCGAGUAGUUAGCUAUCGUAGCACACAUUUUUAUUCGUCUGAUAGUACUAAGAAGCUGUUGGAAUUUCUAGCCGAUAUGCCGAAAGCGACUUCUUCACGAAUCGCUGAGGCGCAACGUCAAAGGCAACAAAUAUCUAAAAAGUCUGAGAAGUAUGGCCCCAGCACGGUAUACCUUCAGGUACUGGGUUCGGGCGCGAGAGGCGCGCCGAACACGUUGUACCUCUUCACUGAUCAAAAGCGAUAUCUAUUUAACUGUGGUGAGUGUACACAAAGGCUGGCCCAUGAACACAAGGUAAAGCUUUCAAGACUUGACCACAUAUUUAUCACCAGUAAAACCUGGAGAAACAUUGGAGGCCUGCCGGGCCUGUCGCUCACUCUACAGGAUGUCGGAGUACCAAAUAUCACAUUACAUGGACCUGAAGGCUUGGAUGAGUUGUAUAAUGCAACUCGGCGCUUUGUCAUCAUGAAGGAUAUGAAUGUAACCAUGGCAAAGUGCAGUAACAGUGAAGACUUCGAAGACAAUGUUAUGAAUGUCAAAUAUGUGUUACUAGGCCCCCAUGAUAACCUACUGACAGGUAAAGAUUUGAAAUCAGGAACUAGGAAACCAAAAUCAGAAACUAACUCUGAUAAAGAAUAUGAAGAAUUCAGUCAUGAUGACACAGACUACUAUAGGCCUGAGGUCCGAACCUUGGAGCCUAAAGCUAAAUUCGUUAAAGAGAGGGAAAGACCUAAAGUAAAACCUGUUCAAGACAGAGAUCCACAAAAGAAAAAGACUGAAAAAGUUCUACAUGAACUGCAAAAGAAAACCCACUGUUCUGUUGCCUACAUUUGCACAUUGAAGAAACGACUUGGAACCCUUGACUUGGCGAAGUGUGUUGAGCUAGGCGUCAAACCAGGCCCGAUGCUAGGCCAACUGAAGAACGGCCAGGACGUGGUUCUGCCUGAUGGAUCUCUUGUACUCUCCAAAGAUGUUAAGACGCCUGAUGAUCCUGGGCCCGUGUUUAUCGUAUUGGAUGUACCAGACCUAUCGUAUCUAAAGGAGGCGGAGUUCUCAUCUCACUUCGAUAACGACACCAAUCCUCCAGAGAACAUCCCCACACUUAUUGUGCACUUCACGCCUCCUCAUGUGUUUCAUCAUCCAACGUACCGUUCCUUCAUGGCUAUGUUCGGGCCGUGCACUCGACACUUGAUUCUGAACCAUCAGAACUCGUGUCUCGGUUCCGAAGCGGUCCACCGGACACAGCACAAGCUGCACCUACUCGACCCCGACAUCUUCCCGCUGCUUCGUGACGUCAGUGUGCCUGCCGUGUGGAACGCGCAUCCGCCCGUACCGAAAACGAAUAGUCCUGUGCGAUUGAAAGGGCUCGAAGAGUUGAAGAAUAAGAUAGCGCUCGCGCAGUUCCAGAACAUUAUUAACCUGGAGGGGUCAGCUAAGGGCGACGGGCAUCCUGUGGCCGUGGAAGAAUGCGAUUCCGUUUCCAAACUCGAGCUGUUGGCGGGACGGACGCUCACCAUGUACCAUUUGAGGCCAAAGAGGCAGCUCGACAGGACUGCGGAACCAAAGCUCCACAUUCAGGACUAUAUUCAGGAGACGAUGGAUGUGGACGGGUUUGUUGGAAGCUUGGAGCAGUUCCGACGCCUGGUGGAUAGUAUGAGAUACGCGAAGAGCGACGCUAAGGAGUACCCCAAGGUUGUAUUCUUGGGCACGGGGUCCUGUAUACCCAGUAAAACGAGGAAUACCAGCGCUAUUGUUGUGCAUGUUAGCGAAGACCGUUCGAUUUUGCUGGACUGUGGUGAAGGCACAUUCGGACAGUUAGUGCGCUUUUAUGGACCAAAGAAAGUCAACGCUUUCCUUAGAACUUUGAAGGCUAUUUACAUUUCGCAUUUGCACGCAGAUCACCAUAUUGGUCUCAUUGGUGUGAUCCAAGCCCGCCGGCAAGCUAUAGAGGAGACAGGGGAAGCUUCGCCGCCGCUGUACCUGCUCGCGCCCGGACAGAUUGUCACCUGGCUCACGCUCUACGACCAUCAGUUUGAACGGCUCAGGAACGACUACACCCUCAUUCCUAAUCAGAGCUUGCUACACGACCAUCCAUCACAAAAUGUUGACAUGACGUCAGCAGUACUGGCGUCGCUGGGCGUGGCCGGAAUGAAGACGUGUCUAGUAGCGCACUGUCCCAACGCGUUUGGCGUCGCGAUAGAUGUGGACGACCAACACAAGAUCACUUACUCCGGGGAUACGCUGCCCUGCGAAGAACUUGUUAAGAUCGGUGAAAACUCCACCCUAUUAAUCCACGAAGCGACAAUGGAAGAUGAGCUAGCCGACGAAGCCCGAACUAAGAUGCACUCUACAACGACGCAGGCAAUAGAGAUAGGGCGGCAGAUGAACGCGCGGUACACACUACUCACGCACUUCAGUCAGCGGUACGCGCGACUGCCGCGCCUGAACGCGCACAUACUCAACGAUAAUAACAGUGUGGGGAUCGCUUUUGACAAUAUGCAGAUCACGAUGAGCGACCUGGAGCUGCUACCUCACAUGUACGCGCCGCUGCAGCUGAUGUUCGCGGAGCACUGCGUGGAGAUGGAGCUGAAGGCGGCACAACGCCAGCGCCACCGCGAGCGUCGCACGUCCUCGCCCAGCCUGCCGCCCGAGACCCCGAUGGACCGGCAGCGCUCGGAGUCCCGCACCCGACGCAACGCCGCCUGCCGCGCCGCCAGCUCAGCGCCCGCCCCGCACGCGCGAUACAGGGAGAGCAAUGCUUCGCGGCUGCGGCAGGAGAUCAAGGGCAUGACGAUAACGGGUACUGUCCGAAAGCCGAGGAGCAGAAGCAACUCUGCCUCGGCAUCGCCGCCGCCGCCGGAGUCGCGCAAGAGUCCGGCGCGGGCAGCAUCACGACAACCAAGCAACGAGCGUCCUAAGCCUAAGACAGAUCAACAGCAGCCACCGCCUACCCCGAAGGAACAAGAAAAGGAAAAGCCCAUAGACAUGGAGUCAACACCUCGUUCGAUGAGCAACACUUCGGACUUCAGUAGAGACACCGCGACUUCAGCGAAGAUUUCAGUCAACUCUUCGGGAUACACUGUCGAUUCAGCGCGAUCGAAGGACACAUCGCACCCGCCCACGGCUGAGGAAGUAAUGGACAUCAUGAGCAACGCGAGCUCUAAGAGAAGUUCCGGGCCUCCAUCACGUACUGGUCCUAUAGAGUCGCAUGAAGUAAUUCGCCGGUGCGGCUACGGCAAGCCACUGGUGACACCUGUAAAUAAAAAGCUAACUAUAAGAAGAGACCUGCCAUGGCCGCCGGUCACGAACCCGAGCCGGGAUAAGGUCACAAAUAAUAUUGGUCGUACGAAAUCCCCCACAAGGGCAUGGAAAGCGGAAAACAGAGAGUCUCCUCCUCCAACUACUCCGCAACGACCUGAGUGUUUAAGAUCUAAAAUACCCACGAAGGCCACUGUAUCCGGGAACAAGUUACGGGCAUCGAAUACUAGUCCCAAUGUCUUUCCGGAUACUAAAAUACCGAUCAUGAGAAGCAAUAUUGGUGCUAGAUCAUUACGUACUUCCGUAUCAUCUCUGCAUAGAUCUAAUAGCCGAAGUCCUACGAGGCCUCCGAAGUCAGCGGGCAAAAACCCUCAAGAUGUAUCAAGUUCUCCUACAAUAAAAAUGAAGCCUGCUCAUACUGUUCUCAACGGUCUCCACGAUCAUCGCGAAGUCAAGAACCAUAGCCCAGAUUGCCAAAAAACGCCGCCACGGUCGCCGAACAGAGGUAGAUCGCCUAUACAAGCAAAGCGAACCUUGCCAGAACUCAAAAAACCUGGUAGUCCCAAAAAGGCGUUACCAUCCCAAGGUGUGAGAGAAAGACAAAAAAGUUCGGUCAAUAGCGAUGGAGCUGCCCCUGAAAUGCAUCACUCUCAUCCCGUCAGACCGAAUCCCACAGGCCACAGCAAUCGGAGCUUCAAACCCCAGUUGGAAGACAUAAAGAGUUCCUACCUUUUGUUAAACAAAAAGCCCCAGGAUCUUACCAUAAAAGCUUGUGCUAAUUCCGCAAAAAAAAAACCACAUGUACCAAGAUUAAACCCUGUAACUGAGGAAGUGAGGAAACAACAACUCACAGAAGUAAAACAAAAAUUUCAAAGUAAACACUUUUGGAUUGAAUCAAAAUAUGACAAAAUUGAAGGACUCAACUGGAUCUCAUGGAAAUAAACACAAAUUAAAUUAUAACUCAUCUGUUAUUAAUAAAUUUAUAGUGAU